GGCCGGUCCUGCGCACACGCACACAGCGCGCUCGCGGACCAAUAACACCGACGCACUGCCUACGAUAUGCUGGCUCCCAUCUUUCGAUACACCAUGGAGACCGUGAUCAAAUCUCAUUUUUGGUUUGCGGCUGCGGCUUUUUUGGCUGCCUGUGGAGUCUGCGCCGGUGCUGGUGUUGGCAAUAGGAGACCGUUUACGCCGACCGAUUCCAUUUUGGACAUCAUUAAUACUGAGCAUGUAGAGAAAAUACUAACCGAACGACGACGUGCUGAACAAGCAACGGCUUCUUCAUCAUACGUUCAAAGAAACGAGCUGGGCGAUGGUAGUUCCGAAACAAUGAUCGUCUCCGCUCCCGAUCAAGAUGAAAGUACUGAAAUACCAGCCGGAGUGGAAUUCCGAAAACUACUCAAGUCCUCGAAAAACGCUCUUGUGGUUACCAAGAAAGAAUAUCUGAAGGAGGAUUGGUGCAAAACGGAGCCUUUAGUUCAGAAAAUCAGGGAGCCAGGUUGUCUGCCAACCACUGUGAUUAAUAAAUUCUGUUACGGUCAGUGCAAUUCGUUUUACAUACCGAAAGGUCCUCGACGACGUGACGGGAACGAGGAGCGUCCUCCGCCGGCCUUCAAGUCAUGUUCCUUUUGUAAACCCAGGAAAAUGAUAUGGGUGACAGUGAAGCUUCGUUGUCCUGGACAAAAUCCGCCAUUUAGGCUCAAACGUUUACAAAAGAUUAAACAGUGCAAGUGUUUACCGGUGGGCGUUAAUUGAUAUUAAUUUGGCGAAGGAUCUUAAACACACGAGACGGUACAACCGUCAAGGUUUGCGAUCGAGGUGCGCAUGCUUCUUCGAAGCAUCUGAAGGGUGAUAGAGGAACAAAGAAACUAAGAAAACUUCUCGGGUUCGGAAUUCCCGAGUGUUACCAAACGUUUUGGUAAGUAGCUUGUUUCAUAGUGCGGACUGUGUACAAACUGAUUAAACAGAUUCAGAUCGCGUGCUCUCAUACGUCAAUAAGAUGACGUAAUGUGAUGCACACAUUUAUUAUAUGUGUAGAAUUACUUUGAUGGAGCGGCUUCGACUGCAAGUCGUCAAGCAAAGCUUUAAUUGUUCGUAGCGAAACUAAUUAUUUUAAACAAUAGUGGCACUCAGUAAUGAGUUUUAAGAACUGCGGUGAAUCUGGCCAUGUUAGGCUGAAUGAUACUCCUGUGAUUAGAAAUAUCGAUUCUCUAAUGUUAUUACAGAAUGUGUGAUAUUAGUUAUAGUCGCAGAAAAAUCUCUCUUCAUAAUAUGACGAGCCACACGAUCCAGGUCUAAGUGUUGAAAUAAUGUAAAUUGAUUUAUUAUUUAUAAUUUUGUAAUUGUAUAUAUUAGUAGUAUUGUAGUUAAACGAAAUACGCUUAUGAGUACAUAAUGUAACGUUAUUCGCAAUUAGUCGUGUUGUUUUGUGAACAAAAUAUGCGUAGACGAGUAGAUACUGCAAACUAAUAAAGGUACAUGUACGUACGUAGGAUUUAAUGGUACCACUGAAAUAUUAUUAUGAUCUCUGCUUGCACUCAAGACAUGCAUUUGUUUACAUAAUAUAUCCAUUUAUAUGAUCUAAGGUAGAUACAUACACUCGUACUAUAUGUAAUGCAAGUACUUUAGAUAUGUAGCAAUGUAAGUAAAAUGCUAUCGUAAUUUAUUUAUAUAACGUAAUAUGUACGAUAUGCAUUAAUACAAUAUUGCAAUUUAGACUUAAGUGAGGUGCACACUUACGAAACUAGCCUCCGUAAAAUUAUUUUAGUGGCCAUUCAAUUAACUUUACAUAGCUUGAUGUGAUUGUUUGAUAAUAUUAUUUUAUUCCGAUGCAAAUUAAAUGCAGCAUUUAUACUUUAAGAAUGCAUAGCUAUUCUUUUAGCCAAUGUUUUGAUACUUAACACGACCGUGUAGAAUAAUAUAAAUUAUGGUAUAAUUAUUAUGAUAGGGAUGUAUACUUCUGUUAGUGGGACUUAUGAAUCUUGCCAAUGUUGUGUUAGUUAUAUAGAAUUUGAUAUAUUCCAAUAUAGUAUUAGAAUUAAUAAGAAAAUGUACUUAAUUUAAUUCCAAUUAGAACUUUACGAAUAUGUAUUACUCGAAUUGUUCCCAGAGCGACGUUUAUAGAAAACUUGAUAAAAUAAUACAUAAUAACUUAAUCUUAAUAUUGUUACCAAAAUAUAUUUCGAAUGGAAUAGAUUUGUCUUUAGCUGUGCUAUUUCACGAAUACAAAUUUUUUAUGGAAAAGUAAGCCAUGUGAAAUGUACCUACGUGUUUGGAAUAUGUGUAAAAUUAAGAUAUUCUGUACACUACCUGGGCAAUAUAUGUUAUGACUACUGGCUUAGAUUAAGUUCUAUACAAGUAAGGUAUAUACUUACAUCGCCUGGUUAUUGUAUACAAUACUUUAAUUAUACGUUAUCGGUAACAUAAAUUUUAAACUUUAUAAAAUGGGUAAUACAGAAAUUUAAAUAUAGAAAUUUGAAGUGCGUAAAUGUCUAAAAAUGUGCUAACUGGAUUUAAAUGUUUCAUAUUCAUUAACAAUAUUGAUCAUCGUUACAUCAUCUUUUCUGCCAUCUCAUCUAAUAUUAAAGACAGGCUUUAUCUACAAACAAAAAUGUGUAGUAAAGACAAUUAUUAUUGACAUUUUGUAUAGAGUCGUUUUGUUACUGUUGGUAAUCAUAUUACAGUAUAAUGUAUGAGUAUGUCGUUUUAUUGUGAGACCAUUGUGAUUU